AUGUUCUCUUUCUUCUUACUUCUUUUCGUCGUGCGACUCAAUUCAGUCGAUUCGCAGUGCCCAUCGAUUGAAUUCUGUGAAUGUGAUAGUGCAUAUAGUACCAUCACAUGUGAUGGCAAUUCAGAUAAUCAAACGGAUAAUACAUAUUUCCCGUCACUUUCAUUUUUACCACCUAUGGAAGAAUAUAUUUUUUCAAAUUUUAAACAAAUUCAACCAAACGCUUUCGAAAAUGUCACAUUUCCAUCAAAUCAAUCGAUCACAAUUCGCUUGAUUAACAUUUCAAUCAUCCAUCCCGAUGCCUUUUCAAAUAGUAUGAUCAUUCCGGACAGUUCAACUCUAUCUGUCGAUAUUGAACAAUCAACAAAUUCUUCGAGUAUUGCAUUGAGACUCAAUGCAUUCAAUCAUAUUCGAUUAAAAAACCUACGUUUUGUUAAUAUAAAUAUGUUUAAUGGCCGUCCGAUAUUUGAUACAAGCUGUUUCGGUGAACAAGUCGAGAUCGAGGAAUUGAUUUUUCAACAAUCAGGUCUGACAGGUUUCUCGAAUAGUAUACGGAAACCAGCUAAUGUAAAACGUUUAUCAAUUCGUGAAUGUCCAUCCUUCACACAGUUAACAGCUAAAAGUCUUCCGACAUUUCUCAGUACAAGCGAAUCGCUGGAAAUUUCGACAACCGGUCUUCAAUUGAUCAACUCUCAUACAUUUCAAGCUUGGUCACUGGUACUGAAAGAACUAACCAUUCGAAAUAAUCCGAAUUUUAAAGUCCUUUCAUCGAACAUGGUCGAUGGCGUGCUAAUGGAACUGGAAAAACUCGAUUUGAGCAACAAUUCCGUUGAUUCUAUCGUCGAAAAUUAUGAUUGGUUUGCAUAUAGUUAUAUAAAACAUUUAAUUUUAAAACAACAACAAUUAGAUUUGUUCCUUAGAACAAAACUGCUAAUGUCUUUAUCACGUUUGAAGAUCAUUGACUUUUCUGAAAGUUUCAUUCAGAAUAGCACGCAGGAAGAUCUCAUCGAAACUUACGUACCAUCCAUGCGAAACCUCGUUUCAAUGAAUGUUUCCUAUACAAAUCUAACAGAGCAGAUGAUUAUUGACUUAUUGACAUGUUUGAGCAACGCAGCCAAUCGAACCAUUGCAGUUAGUUUACUUGGUCGUACACUUCACGAGAGUCAUUUUUGUUCAUAUUUUAAUGUAUUUAGCAAGUCACCGAAUUUGUUACGCUUAGAAUUGGAUGAAACACACGAAUGUAACUGCGUUGUUGAUUUAUUCUAUCAAGAUGAGUUCGUUCAAAUAGUUAAAAAUGAUUCAUUGAAACGGCCGCAAUGUUUACAUGACAUGAGACGAACACGUUGUAAUAUACAAGAACAAUUGAGUACAUCAAAAUGCUCGAUAGCUAUGCCCAACCCUGAUAAACCAGAUAGGAAUGGACGAAAUGUGGGUAACGAAGCAUUUAUUGGCAUUAUGGUUGGAUUGAGCGUGUUUCUGCUUGUGUUGUUAGCCGUUGGUACCGGUGUAGCAUAUCGAGCACGAGCAAAUCGACGCAUGACAAUACUUGAUAUGGAAGUGCCGAUCGAAAAUCCGUUAGCAGUGAUAAUCGAAGAACGUUCCCAAAAAUAA